AUGAUGUGGAAUCUCACUAGUUCUAAGGAAGACUGGUCUUUAUUUCUUGCAGACAAGUUUAAAGACAAAAAUGGACAAUGGACUGAUCAAUAUUCCAAUAUGCAGAUGAAGGUUAAAGACUUAAUGCUGGGUAAUGAGUGGAUUAUUCCCAGUGAACUACAAAAUUUUAUUCACUAUCCAUUGCCACCUAUAACUGGUACUCAAGAUGAAAUGGUUUGGAGUGGUGAUAUGAAGGGAAUUUUUUCUACUUCAGCAGCAGUUGACAAGAUAAGACAUAGGGAAUCAACUCUCCACUGGCCUUCUUAUAUAUGGAAACCUUUCAUUCACCCUGGUAUUUCAAGUAACAUCUGGAAGAUACAGCAAGGAGUCUUUGUGGAUGAUCAACUCAAAAUUCAACAGGGUUAUUCAAUGGUGUCAAUGUGUUGUAUUUGUAAACAAGAUCUAGACAGUAUGUUUCAUCUCUUGUGGUCCUGCAGUUUCAGUAUAAAGAUCUGGCAAUGGCUAGGUAACAUCUUUCACUUCUCCAUUCCUUCCUCUUUAGAAGAUGUAAUUCAUUGUGCAAAAAACCAUAGUCCCAUAGUUAAACAAAUAUGGUUGACAUCAUCUUUUGCUACUAUGAGAGAACUAUGGUUCCUUAAGAAUAGAAUCUUUUUUGAUAAUGCUAAGCCAAAUGAGAAUACAGUAAAGAGUAAAAUUUUAAGCUUAGUUCAUUAUGGAGGUUAUAGAAUGAAAGCUACAAGAUGGACUCAUGACUAUGAUUCUCACAUUCUUGAAUUCUUUAAGUUAGGGAACAAAGGAAGUAAAUUCACUACAAUUAGAGAAUGUGUUUGGUUGUUACCUCCAAGAGGAGUUAUUUUGUUUUGUUGUAAUGGAAUUGCAUUAGUGGACCCAGGUUUGGCAGGGUUUGGUAUUAUUUAUAUAGAUCAUGAUGGUGCAGUUGUUGGUACCAUUUCAGGAGGUCUAGGAAUUGCUUCUAGUUAUAUAGCUAAAUCUUUCUCAGUGAUAUGGGCUUUUGAAUGGGAAAAUAAACUGAAAUGUGAUAAGUUAUCAUCAGAGCAGAUUUAA